ACCAAGCACCACUCCCACAACACAAUGUCGCUUCUCCGCACCUCGUUCCGCGCGGCCCGCCCCGCCGUCCGCGCGUUCAGCUCGACCGCCCCGGCCGCAGAGCGCUGGUCAACGCAGCACGUGCAGCCUGCCGACGUGGUGGCCGGCAAGGCCUCGGGCCUAGUAACGGUCCACGAGAGCGCGCGCGACAUUACCGCCGACGUCGUGUCGGACGCGCCGCAGGAGCUGAGGCACCGCGGCGUGCGCAUCUACAAGCCCACCAAGAACACGAUGCAGUCGGGCAAGGGCAAGACCAAGGUCUGGCGCAUCGACUGGGACACGCUCCAGGGCGCCGGGCGCUGGACCAACCCCCUCAUGGGGUGGCAGUCGUCGGCAGACUACAUGCAGGGCACGAGCCUCGUGUUCCGGACGCAGGAGGACGCCGUGCGCUUUGCCGAGCGCCAGGGCUGGGAGUACUGGAUCCAGGAGCCCAAGGCCCCUCGCAUCCCCCCCAAGAACUACGCCGACAACUACAUCCACGUCCCUGGACCUCUGCGUAUCUGCCACACCAAGUGAGCGUGGAGUAGGACGGGACGGCGUGAGGCGAGCCACGCGCAAUGUUAGAAGGGUUGUUCAGAUGCAUUCAUUCGGAUAGGAA